UAAUACUAACAUUAUUCUCAUCAUGUAAGUCAAUAAUUUCGACGAAUAUUGACAUUAAAACAUCAAGUUUCAACGAAAAGAGAAAGGGUAUUUCAUAAAUAAUUGCAAUCAUGGCUCCUCGUCCUCGUUUGGAAGGCAAAGUUGCGAUCGUGACCGGAGGUGCAUCGGGAUUCGGACGAGGCAUCGCAGCUAAAUUCGUCGAAGAAGGCGCCAAAGUCAUCAUCGCCGAUUUAUCCCAAGAAGCCGGUCAAACGGUAGCACAAGAAUUAAAAUGCGAUUUCUCAGUCGCAGACGUAACAAAACGAGAAGAUUGGGAGAAACUCCUUCAAAUCGCUGUGAAUAACCACGGCCAACUUGAUAUCGUGGUGAACAAUGCUGGAGCUACAUAUGCCAACAAGCCGACCGAGGAAGUAACCGAAAAGGAUUUCGAUCUCGUUAUGAAUGUCAACGUCAAGUCUAUUUAUAUCUCUACCAAUGUUCUCCUCCCCUAUUUCUUGGAGAAGAAGAGGCCGGGUAGCUUUAUCCAAGUAGCCUCCACAGCAGGUAUUCGACCACGUCCGAAACUCACGUGGUAUAAUGCUUCGAAAGCGGCCGUGAUCAAUGCUACCAAGACAAUGGCAGUCGAAUACGGACCUCAGCAGAUUCGGUUUAAUGCGGUAUCUCCGGUGGUAGGAAGCACGGGUAUGACACAUCUAUUCAUUGGAAAACCUAAUACCGCCGAGAACCGCAAGGCUUUUGAGUCCGUCGUGCCGCUAGGUAGAGGCUCUACGCCGGAGGAUGUCGCCAAUGCUUGUUGCUACUUGGCCAGUGAGGAGGCUGCCUUCAUCACAGGGGUCAACAUUGAAGUAGAUGGAGGGCGAUGCGUAUAAGAAACUUGCUCAAACCAAUCUACGAGGUCGUCAUAGAGACAGCAUCGUGACAGAGCCAGCAACCCUUCUGUCCGAGGCUAGGAGCGAAAUUAAAAUCUGCUCUGAUGGAGAUGGGUAUUUUCUCAUCAUUGGCUCGAA